ACACGUUUUUUUUUUUUUUUCGUCAAAAACAACUUUAUAUCUAAGGAACAACAUUGAUUUGACGGCCUGCACAUGGGAUAGAUAGACGACCGGUGACGUGUUUUUUACGCGUGAGCUUUGCUAGCCAACGGAGCCAUGACAUCGCUUGUACAAGUGUGAUCGGGGAUUUCUAUUGGAGAAGCAGUUUUAGCCUAUCUUCAUACUGUACUGUCAUUGACUGUAUCCUUCUAAAUGAUGCGUGGAAAAACUAUAAUAGUGACUGGUGCCAACAGUGGCAUAGGUAAAGCCACAACAGUUGACCUACUGAGGCGCGGGGGUCGUGUGAUCAUGGCUUGCAGGGACAUGAAGAGGACUGAGGAAGCGGCACAGGAGAUAAGACUGGAGACAGGUCCAGAUUCGGGAGAACUCCUAAUCAAACACCUGGACCUCGCAUCACUGAAAUCCGUGCACAGUUUCUGCGAAGACAUCAUCAAGGAAGAGCCCAGGAUUGAUGUGCUGAUCAACAAUGCAGGCAUCUACCAGUGCCCCUAUACCAAGACUGAGGACGGCUUCGAGAUGCAGUUCGGGGUGAACCACCUCGGCCACUUCUUCCUCACCCACCUCCUCCUGGACCUCCUGAAGCGCUCUGCCCCCAGCCGCGUGGUUGUGGUCUCGUCCAAACUCUACAAGUACGGCGAGAUCGACUUUGACGACCUGAACAGCGAACAGCGCUACGACAAAGCCUUCGCCUACGGCCGAAGCAAGCUAGCCAACCUCCUUUUCACCUGCGAGCUGGCCCGCCGCCUCGAGGGGACGGGGGUGGUGGUCAAUGCCUUGACCCCGGGGAUAGUGAGGACUAACCUGGGGAGGCAUGUCAAUAUCCCGCUGCUGGCCAAGCCCCUGUGGGAGCUGGCAUCCAGGGUCUUCUUCAAGAGCCCCGAGGAGGGGGCGCAGACCUCUGUCUACCUGGCCUGCUCGCCCGACGUGGAGGAGGUCCAGGGGAAGUGCUUUGCGGACUGCCAGGAGCAGAAACUUCUGCCCAAGGCUACGGACCAAGAGGUGGCCGGGAAACUUUGGGAUAUCAGUGAAGUCAUGGUGGGCGUAACCACGUGAUAAAUAAUGUCUACCUUUCACUGUCUCCAAAUAUUAGACCUUGCCAAUGUACUGCAGAGAACUGUGCCGUGGAUGCCUGUUGCUAUGCAUUGUGGUUAUAUUGCCUUGACACAAUUGUUUUUUUUACUGGUAUGUUGUUAUACCAUGCCGUCAAUUAUAUUAAACUCUCUAAGUGAAGGGAGAUUGUUGCUAUGAUCUCAA